AGAAGAAGAAGAAGAAGAAGAAGUAGACCAAGAGCACCACCAGCAAGGACUUUUUCCAGAACAGAUUCUCAGGCAGCGUUUUCUGUCAGGGUUAGGGGCUAGAAAAUACAGUUCGAGCAAUAUAAAAACCAUUACGCCUCUGGAGAGUCCCCGGAAACCACAUAUUCAAGUGUUUAUAAUGGCAGUGGACUGGGCUGGAUAUGGAUACGCAGUACUAGUAGCAUCUGGAGGAGUCGUAGGAUACGUCAAAGCAGGCAGUGUCCCGUCCCUGGCAGCAGGACUGCUCUUUGGUGGUUUGGCUGGUUUUGGUGCUUACCAGACAUCACAAGAUCCCAAAAAUAUUUGGGUGUCUUUAGGUGCAUCUGGGACACUUGCUGCUAUCAUGGGAAAGAGAUUCUAUAACUCGCGCAAAAUCAUUCCAGCUGGUCUUAUUGCUGGAGCAAGUGUGCUGAUGCUGGCAAAACUUGGAGCCGGAAUGCUACAGAAACCUCAGCAAUCAUGAUACCCAAAGAGAAUCACUGUCUGCUUUCAUUCAAACAUAAUUUUCUUUGGACAACAUGUCAUUAAAGCUCAUUGUCAUAUUUUGUAUAAAAUGUACAAUAAAAAUUUAAUUGUCAGGAGAA